GAUGAUUUGAAUCGGGCUGCUCGAGCCGGGUUAUUCAGCUGUUUAGUGGAGCGGCCGCAUUUCAAUAUUAUUACAGCCUAUAGCUCAUUCAUCAUUUUACACGCAUCCAGUUUUGCAGAGGAAAACACCUGCUCACUGAAAACGUCUGAAAAUGGAUCGUCUACUUGUUGCGCUUGUUGCUUGCGCCCUUGUGGGCAGCGUCCACUGCGCCACUGGCUCAUUCCCGUGGUGUUACCAUCUUCCCACUUGCAAUGAUACUACAUGGCCUACCCAGGUCCCCCAACAUUGCAACGGCUCCAGGCAGUCUCCCAUCAACAUCGUGACAGCAGAUGCCACUGGCGACUCCAGUCUGACUGCCUUCACCUUUACAAAUUACGACAGCAAAACAGCACUGAAAAAGGUCAUGAACACAGGAAGGACAGUCAAAGUCAUCACUGACAGCGGGGUGCAGAUUUCUGGAGGGGGCCUGAGUGACCACUACGAGAGCAUUCAGUUCCACUUGCACUGGGGCAACGGCAGCUCAACACCUGGCUCGGAGCACACUGUGAAUGGCAAGCGCUAUCCCAUGGAGAUUCACAUAGUACAUGUGAAAGCCUCCUAUCGUGGGAACACAACCCAGGCCAUUGAAGACUCAAAUGGACUUGCUGUUCUUGGUUUCCUCAUUGAGGUGGACACAAAUACAACAGGUCUACCCGCAAGCUGGAAAACCCUGAGCUCCUACCUGGCCAACAUCACAGAAGCUGGUCAGGAGGUGGCUAUAAGUCAUAGCAUCUCACUGGAUGAUCUCCUGACGGGAGUGGAUCGGACGAAGUACUAUCGCUACCUCGGCUCCUUGACGACUCCCACUUGCAACGAGGCUGUUGUCUGGACUGUGUUCAAGGAGUCUAUCAAAGUCAGCAAAGACGUGAUUGAUCUCUUCAGCACCAGCAUUCACGCCGGUAACAGCUCCGCGCCACUGAUGACCAACGUCUACAGAAGCACCCAGCCAGCUCAGCCUGUCCGCACACAGCUUGCUGAGACCAGCGGAGACACCAGAACCUGCUACUCUUUAGGCCUCAUGGCCCUGAGCCUCCUGUUCGGGAAGUGUUAGAGGCAGAAGCUAAAAACACAAUGUCAGAGGGAACACUCAACUUGUGGUAUUGCUGAUAUACUUCUGUGUGAGCCAUUGGGCAGGGAUAUUUUAAUCACUCUUCCAUUUACCACCUUGGUUCCUCAAUUUUUCCAUACAUUUUCUCUUUGAGCAACCAAAGCUGCUUUCCAGUCCAAAGGGGCCAUUCCUAUCUCCAAGUUGCCAUACAAUGUAAUUUAACCACACUGGCUACCCUGAUGUGGCAAAGUCUGCUUAGUCUGAAGGGUCAAAAUGUUUUUUAGUUUUCUGUACUAGUGGCCUUCCUGCCCUCUCUCUGUGACAGUGUUUUUGGUUACAUCACACACUGCCUUUACAUUCUCAGGUUCACUAAGAGCGAAAAGUGGCAAGAAACACCCGCAGAUUUCCAGUCUUCAGGAGUGCCUAGUUUGCAAGUAUCUUGCUUGAGCUCUGCUGAAUACGGCCUCUUUUUUUGUCCUCAUACCCUAAACUGGGCUCUGUGCAUAUACUUGGUCCCAAAAAGGAGUUUAGCCAAAAUUACAGUGAAGAAUCAAUCUAAAAUUUCUGUGCUGCUGAUUUCAGCUGGUGUAAUGAAGGACUGAUGUGUCAAUCACUCAACCAAAUGAACACCAUUAUUUAUAACAGUGUGAUGCAUAUAUACCUCCAGGCUUGUCUUGUUUUACACACAUCUGAACUGUGAACAUUAUCCUGUGAAAUGUUUACAAUAAAUGACUUGCUGUCUGUUA